AUGCAGAACCCGGAGCUCGGCACGGAUUUAGUCAGGUUGGUAAGCGCCAGACGGACGACCAGUACGGGGAACCUACUCGCUGGGAGGCCCCCACUCUUGGCCGAGAGGUUGGCAACCGGACCCCCUGCUGCUGCCCUUGUGGUGCAGAGGAACCCUCGAGAGGCCACUGCUCAGGGCACCGACUACAAGGAAUGGAGUGUCAAGUUGCAUGUUUCUUCCAUGGCAGAGAAGGCACCACUGCCUAACUAUAGUUCCACUGCCUUUGUCUCUGGAGGAGCUGAAACAGGCACUGUUGCAAGCUUAUGA